UGUGUUUGAAUCCAAAUUUGAAUACAGGUUUAUUUCAUAUUUGGUCAAAUUAAGAAAUACAAGCGCAAUGAGUAGUACCGUGACCAAUUUAUGCAAAGUUAUGCUGUUUGUUUUAGUAUUGAUGAGUAUAAUUUCCCAUGUAGUUAUUGCAAGCACUGCACCUAAAAAAUUGCAAAUUGGAGUGAAAAAAAGACCUUCAGAGUGCCCCAUAAAAAGCAGGAAAGGUGAUCUACUGCACAUGCACUAUACGGGCACUUUAGAUGAUGGUACAGAAUUUGACAGCUCAAUUCCUAGGGGCAAUCCUCUAACCUUCACAUUGGGGUCCGGUCAGGUCAUUAAAGGAUGGGACCAGGGCCUCAUGGGUAUGUGUGAGGGAGAACAGCGAAAGUUGGUCAUUCCCCCUGAGCUGGCAUAUGGAGAAGCCGGAGCACCACCUAAAAUACCUAAGUCUGCAACACUCACAUUCCAUGUUGAUCUCGUAAAGAUUGAAAGAAAAGAUGAAUUGUAAAUGCAA